CUCUCCCGUGAGCUCCGCGCUGAUUGGCUAAAAUCGAGUAAAGGCGGAAGUCUACAGUAUGAGGGGAUUCCCCGAGGGAAGUUCCCAACUCAACUAGGCUAUGUAAAACAUACAUUGCCAUAUCCUCUCCAGCGCUUGGUAACUUUGCAUCUCAAGAUUAGGCGACGACGCUGCGGUAGUGUCAAAACAAUAAAUUCGACUUCAACAGUUACUCGAAUGAAGGUAAGAGGACACUCGCACUGGCAGCGAGGUAAACUCAUCUCAGGACUUCUCGCUCAGUCGCUUUAUCCGACGCCGGCUGAAGCUACGGCUUGUCAGACACUUACACUUUAAAGAAUACGGAACUGUUUAAAGAAGAUUUUGAGCGACUCUUUUAAAAUGACCCACGGCUUUGUCCCGGUAGGCUUCAACAUUAGCGUUACUCUCCUUUUACUUACUGAGUCUGUGGCUACAGGCUGCUACUUAUCCAGGAGCUGUUGGAGUGUAGUAUCGCUUACAGGUACUGCGUUACUAUGGCAUUUAUUAGGAAGGCUGUUCCGUAAUUGAGCGGCUCUUUAUGAGACUGCUGUCAGGAGUUAAGAUAAUGAUAGGCAUCACUUUAGCUUUCUGACAGAAGUGCAGUCGUCCCAGAAUUGCUUAAUGCUGUCUGAUGAUCAGUACUAACAAGAAGGAGUGUCUGUUUCACCAGUGUUAUACUCAUAUAUUACACAUGCACUGAGUAACUUUAUUUGUCAUUACUUUACAAUACUUGAUCUUCAUCUUCAGCUCUUAUAAUUCCUUACAGAACUAGAACAAGGCUUUAAUGGUUGAAAUAUGAAGGGAAUUUUUAAUUCUACCAGACCUGCCAACAUUCAUUGGUAAUAAGCAAAUAUUUUGAAGAUUGUUUACUCAGUUUUGGCAUGGUUUUGUCAUUUGGAUCAGUAGCUCAUUUAAAGCAGCCAAAACAAUUUGGCAGCACGUUAAGGAUUUCUUGACUUUUUCAAAAAAUAUUUUUAAAGUGCACGAAGACUAGUUGACAGUUGUUUGUAAAAAUGUUAUAAAAAUGGCCGGGAUGGGGAUAAAAAAGGAAAUCUUUUUAGUUUUAUAACCGGUCUAAUAGUGUUCACGGGGUCUUUUGAGAGUGUUUUUCCUUUUGUUGGCAUGUUUUACAACAUUUUGUAGUUUCACUCGUAGGGCUCAUGUGUGCUGUGUCAGUGAUGAUUGUGGAGCACAAGGCAUGGAAAGGAACAUCGGAGACCAGCUCAAUAAAGCAUUUGAAGCUUAUCGUCAGGUCUCCAUUGAAAAGGACAUUGCUAAAAAGGAGCUGCAGAAAGUGACUGAGUAUUAUGAGCAAUAUACUCGAGACCUUCAAAAGCAGAUAGAAGAUCAACAGCAACUGAUUUCAGAACUUGAAGCAAAGUUGUCAGCAACAAGGCAACCAUCAGGAGAAAUGAAAUGCGAGCCAUGUAGUCAUCUUCUUGACGGGGCCAGCACUUAUAGGAAAUUACAGUACCCGGAGAAUAUGGGCUCUGUUGCCGUUGCUCCUAAUAUGCCAAUCAACAGCAGCGUUGACUAUCAGGAAAUGCGGGAAGCAUUUGAAGCCAUUGAAGGGAAAUUUCGACAGAUCCGGUCUUUAACCAAAAGACAAAAAGAUUACUUAAAAAGAUUCCAUGGAGGAAGUGAUGCAUCAAAUGAUCAGCGGUUCUCCAUGCCCAUCCAAUGCACAGACCGUACCGCAGAUUCAGAGGGACCAUUUUCCUCAGCUCUAAGGACAGUGGAUAUCUCUCCCAUGUCUACCUCUCUGGCAUCCCGUGGCACCAGCCAGGAAGACAAGGACUUGGUAGAAUCUCUCACCAAACUGAGCGUCAAAUUCCCGCCCUCUGCGGACAGUGAAUAUGACUUCCUGAACAGUGCUCCGGAUAGACAGAUUGGUCUACCCAUGGCUGUCCCGCGACCUCUCAGUAAUGUCUCCUCCACACUGACAGAGAAGGAGUCCGUGCCUUUUGUCUACCCUAACUCCCCCUCCCACACAACAUCAUCUACACUCUCCCAGGAGAGCGUGCGGGGACCCCAGCAGUCUGUCUGGAUACCGGAUCUGUGUGAUGCAGCUGCUGUGGGGACAGAGCUGGAGACACCUCAGAGCAGCACUCCUGAAUGUGCUUUCUGCAAUGCUGUGGUUCCUCCAGACCAAAUGAACAGCCACCUCUACUUGCAUUUCUCUCAUAAGAAUGAAGCAGACAAGUGACGGUAGAAGCAGAGACUGAUGGGAAGAAGCCACAACUAUUUCAAGACUUUACUGUUUUCAUGGUGUAGCCGUGCCUGCCAUGAAGUACAAGCGCUGUACUGGACUUCAAAUGACACUGCAAUAAGACUUGAAUUCAUUUAUUUAAUACUGAAGAAUUAAAUGGUACAUUUCUUUGCCCAUUAUAUUUUUCUAAAACCCCACUGAGAUUUUACAGUGAUGCAUAUGGUAUAUGUGAGCAAAUAAACACAUUUAGACUCGUAA